UUGUUGUGUAGCUUCUGCUUGUAUUCGUCAUCACCACCACCACCAUCUCCGAUCCAAAUUUACCUGCGCUUCGAAGGCAUUUGCCAUCCAGACUGUCCCAAGUUUAACAGUCGUCUUCCAAUCAUCUUCAAAAGCACUUUCCAAUUUCAAUUAUCAAAGUAAAACCAACCAACCAACCAACUUCAAGCUCUUUAAAAAUGGUGAACUCUCUGUGUUUCACUCCACCAAUUUCCUUCAAACCCGCUAAUAAACCAGGGCUUAAUAAUGGAAAUUCUACUGCUCAGAAGGUUCUUUGGGUCAACGGUACAACUCACAACUGUAAAAAUGCUAAAUUUCAAUCUAUGGAGGCUAAGGCUACAAAUAGCAGUCAAACCCCCAAAUCAAAUAGCUUAGUUUGUGCUGAUUGUGAAGGAAAUGGAGUCAUAUUGUGUUCACAGUGCAAAGGCACUGCAGUUAACUCCACGGAUUACUUCAACGGACGAUUUAAAGCUGGUGGAUUAUGUUGGCUUUGCAGAGGUAAAAAGGAGAUCUUAUGCGGGAGUUGUAAUGGAGCUGGCUUUGUGGGUGGAUUCAUGAGCACUGGAGAUGGUUAGAAUUCAGAUCUUGAGUGAGAUGUGCUGGUCUUGAGAUGAAUUUGGUAGAUUAUUUAACGUCUUUUUGUUAUGCAUCUUAAGAUGGAAAUGGCAUACAUCAUUGUAAAAUGUCCUUUAGACACAAAUCAGAUACUUCUUAUGUCCAAUCAGAUAAAAUAAAAAAAAUAAAAAAAAAAAUAAAAAAAGGUGGUUUUAAUCCUUUAUCUCAA